AACUAUAGAGUACGAAUUAUUGCACUCUGUGGUGUUGUAAUAAAAAUGUCAGUUUUGUCAUUAAGGAAGUAAGCACAUUGUGUUCAUUUUAAAAAUUACAUAUUUCACGUAUUUCCUUACACAUAAAUUGAGUAAAUAAUUAGAGAAUUGUCCAUUGUAAUUCCAAUGAUGGAGCUCUUUAUUUGAAGCAGUAUAAAUUCUAUGGAAAACACCUACACUACGCCGAGUGCUACGUAUUUUUUCCGAAGUUGAGAAGUAUGUAUAGAAAUGAAGAGAUGCGAGGCCUGCCGUAAUCGUUCAGACCGGGGGCCUCCGGACCGGCCUGGCGAUGACCGGGACCCCCUUCUAAGCUCCCCUACUAUCUUGCAGGAGGAUCCCCACGAUUUUCCGAACUUAUCGUGCGGCAUCUGCACGAUGUUUCCGUCGUGUAUGUCGCUGUUGCCGAGGAGGAACGAGCCGAGGCCGCCGAGGCCGGGGCAGGCGCCGGUCGUUCUCAAUGUCUACGAUAUGUAUUGGACGAAUUGGUACACAGCGGGCGCGGGAGUGGGGGUGUUUCACAGCGGUGUACAGGUGCACGGUUCGGAGUGGGCGUACGGAGGACAUCCGUACGCCUUCACCGGAGUGUUCGAGAUCACGCCGAGAGACGAGAGGGAGCUCGGGGAACAGUUCCGAUUCAGGCAAAGUGUACACAUAGGGUACACGGAUUUCAGCGAAGAGGAAGUCAGACGUCUUGUCACAGAAUUAGGCAAGCAGUUCCGCGGUGACAGAUACCACUUAAUGAAUAACAAUUGUAACCACUUCACGUCCGCCUUCUGUUUGGCGUUGUGCGACCGAGACAUCCCGGCGUGGGUGAACCGUCUAGCGUACGUCAGUUCCUGUGUUCCCUUCUUACAGCGCUGCUUGCCAAAGGAGUGGCUGACGCCGACCGCGCUGCAGCACUCGCUCGCCGCGCACUCGCGCUCCUCCUCGCCCUCCUCGCCCACCACGCCGCAAUAGCGCUACGAGAAUCUGCGGCGAUGCAGAUGCAAGAAAUAACGUGUUGUGCGUAAUGUAUAGGUUUAAUACUAGUUGACACUCCAUUUGGCGCAUUGUCGAAAGUAGUACGUAAGUGCAAAGUGUUGCCAGAUUGAAUAAUAUAACUUGUAACAACGAACUCUGAUAAAACAAUAAACUGAUCUUCCAAGACGAAAGCGAAAUACAAAUGGUUAUUCGAAAGUUAAAAAUUAAGUCGUUUUUUUUUUUAUAAAACUAGCCUGUUAUAUCACAGUUCUAUAUAUUUAUUAAUUAUAACGCGAUAAUAUUAAUAAUUACAUUUUUUUUAAUGAUAAAUAUUUCAAAUUGUUCCAAUAAUUUUUCUUUUUAGAGAUGUUUAAAUAUUUAUAAAACUAUAGUCACAAAUUUAAAAUAUCGGUCUUGCUGUAUUCGGGCAACACUACAGAGUUUCAAAGUGAGCGUAAAUAUGUUCGUAAUAAAAAACUCAGGCGAGAAACAGAGACGACGUGAGAGCUCAACGAGGCGAACUAUACUAUGUUACACACUCCACUCAACUAGAGAAGACAUUCCUUGUUAAAUCAGAAUAUUAUGAAAGACAAUUACUCAUUUUGAAAUCGUCCCAAUAUUUAUAACAGUCUAAGUACAAUUUGGAAAAUUGUGUUUGAAUCUCUAAAGGUUUUCACGUAAAAAUGUUGCCCUAACUUAAAAUAGUAGACAGUCGUUUGUAGAAAAUAUUUUUAAACCCUACACGAUUUCAAAAGAUCACGGCAUGAAAGAAAAGUAUACGGCAAUACAAGAUUAUUCUUCAUAUGCAGAGACUACGAUCAUUGCAUUGGUUGCAAUUAAAAAAAAACGCGUUGAAAAUGGUUUAAUCAGUUUAAAGCAAUUUCAUUAAUUUUUAUUUCUAAAAACAGCUAAAAAAGCAAUA